AUGAGUACUUCAGCUACUAGUUGGAGUUUUAUGUUAAGACGAACGCCUCGACGUAAACUUGUCUUUUCCUCAAGUGAUGAUGAAAUAGAUAAUAGUCCACAAUCGAUAUCUUCAGUUCAUGUCCUCCGGCAAGAACAUCAAGAUGAACACUUGUCAAUACGAUCUGCACCAACAGAUAUACUUAUAACAAGACCAACACGUUCAAAAUUAGAACAUUACGGUUUUAAUAAACUUACAAGACCGGCAUCAUUACGUACUAAUAAACGACAAACAUUAGUUAAAGAAAAUAAAAUUAAAAAAAUUCGUCCAAAUGAUAAUAUAACUCCUAAUAAUAAUAAACUAUCUUGUCAUCCAAUGCAAACACGAUCUCAAUCUUCAUCGGAUUGUCAUUCUGAUCAAUUGAUAAAAUUAUUUGAUAAAACUCUUUCAACAGUGACACCAUAUCAAGAUGAAAAUAAUGAAAUGAAUUCGAAUCGAAAUCGUCAACGACGAUUACGACCACUACCUCUUUGUUUAUCUGAUAAUGAAAAAAAUAUGCCAGUUUUAACGGUUAUUACAACAGAAGAAAAUUUCAAUACUAAUAAACGUCUUCAUGAUGAUGAUGACAAUGAAAACAGUGAUAUUCAUCGAUCAAUAAAACGUAGUAAAAUAAUUGAUGAAACGAAUAAAGAAAAUGAAUUAUUUAUCAAUCGUCCAUCAAUGGUUAAACGUUGUCGACGCGGAAUUGAAUUAGUUCGAAGUUUAACUGAACCAAAUGAAGAACAAAUAAAAGCAUCAGUUGAACUUGCUUCUAAUCGAGAUUUAAUUGGUGAUCGUUCAAAUACACAUCUUUUACCACAAUGUAAAAGUCGAAAACAUCCUGAUCUUGCUUGUAUUAGUCCUGAAACUGUGAUGAAUGUUUUAAAAAAUAAAUAUUCAAAUGAUAUUGAAAAUUUACAUAUUAUUGAUUGUCGUUAUCCAUAUGAAUAUGAAGGUGGUCAUAUACAAUUAGCAAAAAAUCUUUAUACACGUACACAAAUUCAUAAUGAAUUUUUUCGUAAACCAAUUCAAUUGAAAGAUUCAUCGAAAAGAAAUAUAAUUAUAUUUCAUUGUGAAUUUUCAUCGGAACGUGCACCAUCACUUUUAAGAUAUUUUCGAUCAGAAGAUCGAAGUGUACAUGAAAAAACGUAUCCGGAAUUACAUUAUCCAGAAAUUUAUUUACUUGAAGGUGGUUAUAAAGCAUUUUAUGAAUAUUCAAAAGAAUUUUGCAUUCCGGAACAAUAUCGAACAAUGAUUGAUAUUCAUUAUCAAGAACAUUAUCGAAAAUAUCGUUUUGAAACUAAACAAUAUGAUAAAUUUACAGGUACUAAUGAAAGAACUGAUGGUGGUGGUGGACGACGAACACGUAUAUCAACAUUUCGUUCUUGUCUUUCAUUUUCUUCUCAACCUAUCCAAUAUCGUUCAACAAAUAUUCGAUAUGAUCUUCGAUAUACUGGUUCUCCACCACAAUAUUAG